AUGGAAAUCAAACAAGGUUUAUCAGCUAUAGUCACUGGCGGUGCCUCUGGAAUCGGGAGAGCGCUUAGUUUAGCUCUUGCAGAGAAGGGGAUAUUCGUGACAGUUAUUGAUUUCUCUGAAGAAAAAGGAAAGGAAGUUGCGUCACUUAUCGAGAAAGAGAACGCCAAAUUCCAUUCCAAUUUGGGAUUUCCGUCCGCUCUUUUUAUUCGAUGCGAUGUAUCAAAAGCAAGAGAUUUAGCUGCUGCUUUUGAGAAGCAUGUAGCCACAUAUGGAGGGAUGGAUAUUUGUAUCAACUGUGCUGGAAUUAGUAAUCCUAUACCGUUUUAUAACGACGAAACAGAUGGUACUCGUUCGUGGAAGCAUACUGUUAAUGUGAACUUCCUUGCAGUAAUUGAUUGUACUCACCUUGCGAUAAAAGCUAUGCAAGCUGCACGGAAGCCUGGAGUUAUUAUAAACUUGGGGUCUGCUUCUGGUCUUUAUCCGAUGUAUAACGAUCCUAUCUAUGCUGGCUCUAAAGGUGGUGUUGUUAUGUUCACUAGAUCACUUGUUCCAUACAAACGCCAUGGUAUCCGCAUCAACGUGCUUUGCCCUGAGUUUGUCAAAACAGAGAUGGGAGAGAAAGUGGAUUCUAAAUUUAUUGACAUGAUGGGAGGCUUUGUUUCUAUGAACAUGGUGGUCAAAGGUGCUUUUGAGCUUAUCAGUGAUGAGAGUAAAGCUGGCUCUUGCCUGUGGAUUACAAAUCGUAGAGGCAUGGAGUAUUGGCCCACUCCCUCGGAAGAAGCAAAAUACAAGGUGCGCCCCUCAAAUUCCAAAAGAAGGGUGUCAUACCGAGCCCCACUGGAUCUUCAACUUCCUCAGAGUUAUGAGAAACUAGUUGUUCAUACCCUGAGCCAUAAUUUUCGCAACGCCACCCACGUAGUAGGCACACCAUUGAGAUUACCCAUUGGAUCACAUCAAGUUCUUGUGAAAGUCAUUUAUGCUGGGGUAAAUGCUAGUGAUGUGAAUUUCAGCUCCGGUCGUUAUUUCUCUGGCAAGAAUGAAGACCUUACCUCCAGUCUUCCGUUCGAUGUUGGUUUUGAGGCAGUGGGAAUAAUUGCAGCAGUGGGGGAAUCUGUCACUGACUUGAAAGUUGGCACUCCUGCUGCACUCAUGACUUUUGGGAGUUAUGCUGAAUUCACAGUGAUUCCUGCAAAGCAUAUCCUUCCCGUUCCUAGACCAGAUCCUGAAGUUGUUGCCUUGCUGACUUCUGGGAUGACUGCAUCAAUUGCUCUUGAAAAGUGUGGACAAAUGAAAUCUGGAGAAGCAGUUCUUGUGACUGCCGCUGCAGGAGGGACUGGUCAAUUUGCUGUCCAGCUAGCAAAGUUGGCAGGAAAUACAGUAGUUGCGACCUGUGGAGGUAAGGAAAAGGCAAUUCUUUUAAAACAACUGGGAGUUGAUCGAGUCAUAGAUUAUAAAGCUGAAGAUAUGAAAACGGUUUUAAGAAAGGAGUUUCCAAAAGGUAUUGACAUCAUCUAUGAAUCUGUCGGUGGGGACAUGUUUGAUUUGUGUUUGAAUGCAUUGACGGUCCACGGACGACUCAUUGUGAUCGGAAUGAUUUCUCAGUAUCAGGGAGAGCAUGGAUGGAAACCAGCUAAUUACACCGGACUCUGUGAGAAGAUUUUAGCUAAAAGUCAAACUGUGGUUGCGUUAGACCAGAAAAGAUUUGUAGGCUUACAUUCUGUUGCCGAUGCUGUUGAGUACCUUCACUCGGGUAAAAGUGUUGGCAAGUCUCACAAGCCAAAUAGAUUAAGACAUCUCUUUAGGGAAUUCUCAAGGGUCAUUACCAUUGCAAACACCAAAAGUAAGAUCUUAUGGGACCUUGAGACAGACCAGAAGUAA